AUGUCCUCACCAUCCACACCGCGGUCGACGCGUUCCGCGUCGCCUGCAGGCGAUUCGCCGAACAUUAUUACGCCCGGCCAGAAGAUCAAAUCCAUGAUGGCGCAAUUUGACAGCGAUUCGGAGGAUGAUACUCAAAUUGCCAAGUCAACGGCUGCUGUCUCGAAGCUUGAUCUAGGGCGUGGUGGAGUGCCGGCUGCUGAUGCACGCGAGAAUCGCCCAUUGCACGACUCAGAAGACAGCUCAGAAAGCGCAGAUGAAGUUUUCCGACCAAAGGGCCGUAUGGCUGCACGUUUACAGGGUAAUUCCAGACCAGCUGAACCCGAGGAUGAAAGAUCAGCAUUUGCCCGCGUGUCAAAGGCCUUCCGAUCAGAAAAAGAACAGGGCGAGAAACCCCAGCGGACAGAAUCACAGCCCACACCCAUCGGUGAAUCUAGCGAUGAUGAUGAUCUACCUACGGCUGGCCCGAGGAGAAAGCAUAAGUCCACAACCAACUCCCCCAAGUCCAACAACAGAACAAGCCAAACCCCUCCCCGUUCAAGGCCCGACUCUCCUCUUUUUGUAUCGUCUCCGGGCGAACCGCAUGACGACCCAAACGCCGAAGAUACCGAAAAUACAGCUGAAACGAAGCCCAAAGGAAACGCCCGUUUCCUGUCUCUUGUCGCUCAAAAGCGUAAGGAACGCGAGGAGCGAGAGAAAGCCGAGGCCGAAAGGAAGAAGGCCAUCCGGAGGGUCCAGAUGGAGCAACUGAGCUCGCAGGUAAACUCGGGCGAGGAAAGCAGUGCUGAUGAUCCGAGUAUUGCAAGCAAGCUUUCCCAAAAGGCUCGUCAGCCCCGGAAAGCCAGCAAGAAGGCACUGGAUGAGAUGAGACAGGAGACUCAGCGAAUGAGCCGUAACAUGCAGCUUGCUCACCAGGCCAAGACAAAAAAGAAGAUCACAAAGGAAAGCCUCUUUGCCAAAUUCAACUUCAUGCAACCCGAUCCCCCGGUCGAGCAGCUCGCGGCAAAUUCAUCCUCAGCGGUCGGAUCACAAAAUUCCUCUGAUGGAGAACGCGCCAAAACCAAAGAUACUCCGCAUACUUCUCCAGUUCUCGGUCAUUCGGAUACUAGCAAGGCGACCGCUGAUUCCGAGCAUGCCCAAGUUCAAGCAGCUGAUGUGGAUAUGGAUGCGGACACUGAAGAUUUGCCUGCUCCGAAAGACCUCCUGGCGCCAAACCAGCCUCCUGCAUUGUCCAAGGACCCUGCAGCCCAGAAAACCUCACCUUCCGUACCUGAACCCAAAUCCGAGGGUGCCAAAUCGAAGAGAGUCUCACGCCCACUGACACAACCACCUAUCCGCGUGCUGCUUUCCAGGCAAGACGUUGCUGCGCACCAGAAGGACUCUGACGAUUCCGAUAGCGAUCUUGAGGUGGUAACAUCCCCUGGCAAGUGCCGUCGUAUUGCAGCGUUCGAAAAUCUGCCUACGAGACAGUCGCAUGAAGACCCCUCCAUGACCAAGCUUAAGGCAUUGGCACACCUGACAUCUCCUACCCGGGCUUCCAUGAACUCCGCAGAGCUUUCAGCAAAUCUAUUAUGGCGGGCCCGACAGCAAGCGGCUAAGGAGCGUCGGGAGCGCAUUGAAGAGCUCAGGGCUAAGGGAGUUGUCAUUGAAACAGCUGAGGAGCGUGCAGCGAUGGAGGAUGACAUGGAAAAUCUUGUUGACAAAGCCCGCAAAGAGGCAGACGAAAUUCGCCGACUGGAGAAAGCUGCUGGAAAGAAGGCCAACGGUGGCGAUGAUGAUGAAGAGGAUGAUGAUUACGAGCUCUCCGGCUCUGAUCAGGAGGGCGAUGCUGAAGGAGAUGAUGAAGAUGACGAAGAAGAAGAAGAACAUGAGCGCGUCAACGGCGGCGGGGAUUUCGUUGAGCAUGAGGCUGACGAAGACGACGAUUCGGCUGACGACGAGAGCGAGGCCGAGGCCGCCCCCUCAGACGCAGAGAACGAGGUGCCUGCUGCGAGACGGAGGCGACGAACUCGAGUGGUUAGCGAUGACGAAGAUGAAGACCAACCACAACCACCCUCAACGCCUGUGAGAGCCCCGAGUCAUGUCCCGCAGUCCGCCGAACGACCAAACUUCCUUGGCAUGGGAACAUCAGGCGAUACGUCCUCAGGUCUUACCCAGGCAUUUGCCUCCACGUUGGAUGGCAAUGGUGCUGGCACCCAAGCGGAAUCUGCCACUAUGCCAUUCUCUCUCCCAGACCCUGGUCAGCCUGUUCCACAACUUCGAAAGGAGGAAUCGGAGGUCCUUGUCCCAGACAGCCAGCCCCAGCCCCAGGACAAAGACUUUAUGGAGGGCUACGCGCAAAGUGUGACCAGAGUAUCAGAAUCGCCUGCGCCAUAUGCGUUCUCGGAGUUUUCCCAAUCCCAGCUGCCCGAUCCUACCCAGGAUGAGGGUUUUGUAUUCUCACCAUUCGAUCCCGCAAAAAGAUUCAGGGGUACCCCGCCCAUGUCUACCGUCGACACAGUCCUUGUGGGUCAAACCCAGUCGCCCAUUGCUGACCGCAAGCGCAAAAUGUUGCGGCGAGGACGUGCAACUGAACUUUCUCAAGUCGACGAGAAUGAUAAUGAGGGUGACUUUGAGAUCAGCGCCAAUGCCUUCGAUGUCAUGAAGAAGGAUAAGGCUGUAAAGAAGAAGCCUGGUCCUCAGUACAACAAAAAUAACAGCAAGGCGAAAGAAAUUGUCGAUGAGGCCGCCGAAGAAUCCGAAGACGAAUAUGCAGGCCUUGGAGGUAACAGUGACGAGAGCGACGGUGAAGAAAAUGCCAUUGAUCGCCAAAUGAUCAAUGAUAACAGUGGCGAGGUGGUUGAUGAGAAGCAACUUGCCGCACUCAACGCGGUUCACGAUCGCAACCGCGACGAGAAAGAUGUCGCCAAGUUGAUGAGAGAUAUCACCACUGGAGCCCUGCGUCGUCGCAAGAAUGCGGAUGAUGACUUUGACCUCGACGACUCGGACGACGAGCACCUAGCACGUCGCCGUGAGAAGCAACGCGAGUUCGCUAAGAUGCGCCGCGCUCUCCUUGCAGAUGAGAAAAUCGGCGAGAUUGCCGAGAAUCCCAAGAAGGCCGCAUUCUUCAAGGCCGUUGAGGAUCGCGAAGUUGAUGACGACUUCAAUAUCGACUUCUUGGAGGAAGAAGACCACGGCUCUCAGGGAGAAGCAUCGCAGGACGCUUCGGGAGAACAAUCGAAUGAUGCAGCGAGCGAUGGUCAGAACCGCAAGCGCCCUCUCGAACCGUCAGCUGAAGAUGCAACCAACCGUCCGCCGCCUCGCCUCCGUCGCACCCCCGCCAGCGCAAUGUCGAAGAAACCAGCUACGAUAGCAGAGAUUCGUGAAACGUUGUCCUUCCUCACUGAAACCCCCGAAUACGACUCAUUCCAGGAAGACGCUUCUCUCGAUGAGAUAGAACACGACCAAGAAGACGAAGACACCCCCGGCGCAGAAGGCCAAGGUCAUGACGAUCAACCCCAAUCAGACAAUACCUUCGCCAAACCCAGCCACCCACGCCGCACGCGCGGAGUCGUGGUCGACCGCCUUGCCCUCCUCCGACAAGCAUCCUCCAACUCCGCCACAGGCACGAACCCCGGCUCUGCAAACUCCAAGCUUGCAUUCCACAGCGGCAGCGGCGGAGAGGGUCCCUAUUGGAUUCCGCCCUCCUCAACUUCUGCGUCGUGUUACGACUGGUUCCUCAUCUUCCAGUAG